ACUUGUUUUGUUUCUCCUGAUAUCCCUGGCGUCUGACGGAGCAUCCAAUGAAUACAUACAUGAUCUUGACAUGUGGAAUGUCAUGACUUUCGAUUGUGAUUGGGAUUCUUGUGGGUUAUGGUGGAUUUGGUGAGCCUUGUACUGGGACGGCUGCUGUUACAUCUGGUGUCGAAUUUGGCGUUCUUCAUACUCAUGCAUGAGCGAGUCUCGAGCCCGCAUUGCAUAUCCUGGACGGGGGGAUCUGUUGCAAAUAAUGCUUGCUGCCGUCAUCUCAGCUUGCCAUAUUGUUGGUUGGCUGCUCCAGUCUCUGUUGUGACUUGUUGGGCUACGGUUUGAGUGUGCACCAUCUUCUGUAUCAUACUACAAGAUAUCAUCCCUGAAGAAUGUAAAAGACCAAAAAAGGGGGGCCGUUUGGCCUACCAACC